AUGUCAGAAAAACCAUCACCUUCUGCUAGUCCUAUGGUAGGACAACAAAAGGUUACACCAUCAAGGUCUGAUCCUGGAGAGAGACUAAACAAGAUUCCAUUAACUAAAGUGGAUAUCUCAAAAUAUGCCAUAACGACAAAGAACAGAACCAAACCCAAACCUAAACCCAAAUUACAGCUACCAGCAAAGCCUAAUCCAAGCUUGAACAUUAGUCCUGGAUUAGCAUUUAUAUUACAACAUGAGGCAGAGAUUAACAGGAAGAAAGCCGCAUUGAAAGCUGCCAAAGCUGAUUUAGUUACUUCUAAAUUGAUAAUAGCAAAUUCGGAUCAAGUUUCAAAACUAAAUAAUGCAAAUCUCCUGUCCUUACUCCGGUCAAAGACACCACUAGGGAAAGUGAAUAAGAAUAAAACGGCACGAACCCCCAAAUUAUUUAACAAUGCCUAUUCUUCAGAGAGAGAGGUGAAAAGUGCAGAACAUAAUCGUAUACUAAAGCGACCUCCAUUUAAAAGAGCAUCUACUACUUUAUCUGAACCACCAGGUGACAGACUUCCUAGCCUUUUACCAAUUACCCCUAAGACAGUUAAGAUAACUACUAGAUUAAUAAAAUCAACAGAGAAACCAGUUCAUACAGACGCUGAUCAUACUUCAAGCCCACUUUCAAUACCUAUUCUUUCAGUUUCAAAAAAUAAUUCACCUGCCUCAUCUACAAAGGUUCCUAAGGCUUCGUCUUUCCUAUCAAAUGUUAAGAGUUUAUUGAAUAAGAGCACAAAGGACACUACAAAGAAAACGUUUCCACCUGCUAAAAUACGUAUAUCACUUUCAAACGCAGUUCCAGAUACAGACACUGAAGAUGAAAAUUCGUACGAGACUGGUGAUACAGAGGAAGAACAAACUCCGCCUGAGGAAAACAAUAAAAUAGAGCAAAUAAACGGAAAGGGAAUACCAGGAAACAUAGAUAAAUCUGUUAAAUCGCUUACACCACCCCUAAUAGCACCUUCAAAAGUUCCAUUAAGUACAGACGGUAACACUAAAGAAGAUAAUGCAUUGGAACCUGUAAAAAUUACUGAGAUUGAAGCUCCAACUAAGCAUGCACUAGGAAUUGAUGUUGACGAGCCAAUGGCUAGUAACGUAUCCAAAGAACUUCCCAUAAAGGAGAACCAAGAACUAAACUCAGAAAAUGAUAAUAAACGUAAAGAAGAACCUAGUGGACAGGAUGAAGGCAACAUAGCGAAAGAAGAAGUAAUAUCCAAACUAGCAGGCACAACAACCGAUGAUCGUUCUCCAAAACUAGUUGCAAACACUAGAAUAACAGUUGGAGAUGAAAAGGAUGACAAUUUAGUAUUAUUGAAGAAAGAAAAGUAUUUAUCUGUGAAGGCUGACAGCAAACCAAUGGUUAGUGCCACCAUUGAAUCCGCGAAUAAUGAGGAUAAUCCUCCUAAGAGUAAUGCAACGUUAGAAAAAGGAAAUCUACUGCCUGAUGUUUCCUUGAAUGAAGUUGAAGAGAGACUAUUUUUGCAAACUCUAACCUCUUCAAAAAUCGGCGGAGAAGAAAGAAAGACAGCGGUUGCUGAUUUGAAGUUUUCUAAUGGGGAACCUUCACAAACUGAAUUGCCAACUAUUGAAUAUUCAAAAGAAAAGAAUGUUAGUGAGAAACAACCUGAAAAAUAUCACGAUACAAAAAAUCUCGUAGAUGAAGCUCCUGUUUCUGUAGAGGUAGAUAAUGAAUCUGAUAAUGGUUCGGCCGACUUAUUUACAGAUGCUGUUGAACAUACCGAGCAGAAUCCAGCCACCGAUACGAUAGUAACUCAAGACAAUGAGACAACUCCAGUGGACAUUCCUAUAAUCGCAAAUGAGAAAAUUGAAACAAAUAUUGAAGAUGAAAGGACUGAGGGUGGUAUUCAGAAUGUAGAACAGAAGGAUACAAGAGCAGAACCAAAUGAAAUCACAUUCAACGAUAAAUCGACCAUUCCCUUCAAAAGACCAGAAGAACCUAUGAAGAGGAAAGAACUCUUUUUGAAUGAGACAGAUGUAACAACAAUACAAGAUGGAAAGAAGGACAAACCACCAACCAACGUAACCGACAUGCCAAAAUCUGCUGAAAAUAUUUCUCAGAUAUCAACACUUACUGAGAAAGAAGAGAUGCGUCAAAAGAAAGACAUCUAUCCAGUAAAAGAAGUUGGGAAUGAAACAGAAAGUAGUACUAAAGCGGUGGAAAGCAUUCAAGGUUCUCCUGAAACUAAAUCGUCAGGUGUCAGAAUAUCAACUCUACUGAAUGAUAAGCCAAAGGUGGAUAAUUCCACUAAGAUUGCUGAAGCUGUGGAUAUUGAAAUAGAUAUGGCAACCGAAUCAGAAAGUUCAGAAUCAUCAAAAGAUUCACACACUGAAGAAUCAGAAGAAAAAAAGACGACUAACAUAAGAGAAUUAUUGGAUAAGGAAGCAAGUAGUGUGACUAGUUCGAAACAGAGCAAUGUAACAGCUAUUGAAAAGAGUGGAUCAAUUGGAGCAGUUGGCUCAAUAAAGGUUGCCAACACCGAUUUGAAGGAAGUACCUACGGUUGAAAACAAAGAAAAGGAAGUAGUGUCUUCAUUAAAGAGAAAAAAUUCUGAUACUUUAUCCUCUCCCAAAGCAAAAUGGGCUAAAGUGUUAUCAGAAGAUUUACCCCCAAGCGCUUCUCAGAAGAGUGGUCUCCUAAGAUUAUUUUCAAAUGUAUACAAAACAUCAUUGUCAGGAAAAGGGAACGACAAUUCUUUCGAAUCCAUUUUAACCAAACUAACUCAUAGACCAGCUCGUGUCGAAGCAGAAUCAAACGAUACGAACAGUUCUGAACCGAUCGAGAAAAGGCGCCAUCUGCCUAGAGAGAGUACUCAAAAAAAUUCUCCUGAUGUCUUCCAAUCAAUAUACUCUAGUCAUCAGCGACAUCAUUUAAAAGGCUCUGUCAUUUCAUUCACCCCAACUGAGAAGGAAAAGAUGAAAUUUGAGUCGUUUACUCCACUAGGACAAAAUGCUAAGAUGGAAGUCAUUUAUAUAUCUGAUAGUGAUGACAAUAAUAUUUUAGACGAUGCAGGUCCUGCUGACAUAGAUGAAAUAAGUGAUACUGGUUUUGAUGAUAUAGAAAUUUUAGAAUACAUUAAGAAUUCGUCACCAAUGAAGGAUGGUUCACUUGAAGAAGAACUGACUGGCAAUAAAGUAAACCAAGUGGUACCUGAGAUUACUGACCCAGAAACUGAAAGAAGAUUGUACGAAAGAAAAUUAGCUAUUGGCGUUUUAGAAAAGUUGGAUGAUAAGAAGGUUUAUAGUAAACGUGAUAUGUGUGAUCUAAUAGAAAGUGGAAUUCCAAACCAUACCCCAUUUGACGAUGAUCCGAAGUCGAGUGCGACAAACAAUAUCUGCUCUGUCGACAAUUACCAAUCCUCACAUAUUUUCUUUUAUCAACAAGUCCAUAAAAAGGAUAGGGUUGAAUAUAAAUCGUUUGACACAACUGCUAAAAACGACUAUAGAAGCCAACUUUUAUUGACUAUGCCAGAAAAGGCAAGAACAGAACAAACCAAUAAAGACAAAAUUUUAAACGCUACAGAACCAACGUCAGGUUCGAAGAUGUCUUCAAUCGAACAUAGCGACGGCAUAAAUCAUGCUGAGAAGCGGUCGAGAAAUAACUGGAGGAAUGAGUGGACUAGAACUCUUGGAAUGGCCAGAAUAUAUAUAUAUCCUGGAAGUCCUUUAGGAGUCACAGAAGAGCAAAAGAAAAGUUUGGAUGACACAUUCGCCAAAAUAAAUGAUCUGUUUCAAGUUAAGUUUAGGUCUAUUUUUUGUGAGGACUUCGAACCGAAAAGCACUAAUAUUGUACUAUUGAAAGGCGAUAGAGAAAAUUUCCAAGAUGAUGAACAAUUCAAGGCGCUUAGUGAGACAGUAAAGAGAGCGUCACUUAGUAGAAAGAUAAGAAUAUGGCCCUUAGAAAAGGUCCUAAGGUUUAUUAAGAAUAUGGACAUUGAUUUAUCAGCAUGGGGAAUAUCCACAGUAUCUGAAAGGAAAGAAACAAGACAGCAUUUCUUAGAAGAACUUUACGAGCGCCGUAAAACAGAGGUUAGUGAAAAGCCAGAUAAUAGUCAGAGAUUAAUUAUCGGCCCAACGUCGAACAGUAUUAAGAAAGACAUAACUAAACCUGAUGGUUAUAAUCCGGCUGUAAAAGAUGACUCAAGUGACGAACCCUAUUUCUCAGAAAUUAUAAACUACCUGGAGAGUUUGCUUCAUAACGCAUCAAAUAUGAUGACCAAUAAAGAUAAUGAACUUUCUAAGGCUAACGGAAUUAUUAAGUCGUUAACGGGCACAGUACUUGAGAAUGAGAUGAAAUUAACGUCGUUGUCAAGCUCUUUGCACUCCAAAGAGGCAGAAAUAGAAGCUAUCAAGAGUUCGAAUGAAAAGUAUAAAGAGGAACUGAAGAAAAGAGAAAAAAAGUUGAAACAAAUGGCCGGAAAAAUUCAUAAAUCAUCCUCUAAGAAUAGAUUGAACAAAAAGAUGUCAAAAAGCGUGAAAUAUCUUUUGAAAGAGCUUGCCAAAAAGGAAAGUCUAAUAGAAAAACUGGAAAAAAAGCACCUAAAAAAAAAGAAGAAUGAGAAGAAGUAUUCGCCAAGGAAAUCUGCAGAAAAUACAAAAAGCAAACAUGAUAACAAUACUGAGAAUGUCAAAUCGACCAAAAGAAAGAAAAAGACUAAAAAGAGUAAAAGCUUGCCAUCUCAAACCGAUGCUCUUUUUAGAAAUUUAAAUAAUAAUAUGACGACGGAAGGAACAGUUAAUCUGGAAAAUCAAGGUUCCCCUCAAUCGACUCUUUUCACUCCGAUCAAGAACCCACAACACACAGAGGAGGUAACUGGCUCUUCAGAACUCACGAAGGAAAGUGCAGUGAAGCUUCUCAAUAGAGAAGUUGAAAAAUACAGAGAAUUUUUGAAUGGUCAUGGUUUUGAUCCAAAUAACGUUUAG